UGCUACGCUACUUGCCGAAGUAGGGCCAAACCUACAGGUUUUAUCCUUUUAUCGCCUGCAAACCACCUGAUAAACUCACGCUGGUGCUUGCUAGUCGGCUCUAGUCAGUCGUGUCUUCAUGAAUCAUUCAUUUAUGCAAAAGCCAAUGGGGCCAAGCCUUUGUGGCAGAUACAUAAAGAAUAGCUGCUACCAAGGCCCCGCUGUACUAUCCUAAGAAUGUGAUUUUGUGUAUUUAAGUUCAUUUGUUGCCUGGAGAUUGUUUGAUCAGUAGAUUUGCGAUGGUAAGCGUUCGAAUUCGUGACUUCGAUUUCUUCAAUGGCGGUUGCCACGCAUCGUAAACUUUUCUACAAUGUAGAUUCGCUUUCUGAUGAGACCCACGAACCCGCCCGAUCACGGACAAGUUUAACAGAACCAUUCGACGACAGUUUUAGCAGGUCAAAAAGGAAAAUGAAAUCGUCCCGCCCAUGGAUUCGAUUUAGAUCUUUAACUCCAGCAAUUAUAGGGGUGAGUCUUGGCUUCGCGUUAUCAAUGCUCUAUAUCCCUGUAGUGGAGCAACAAUGUCUUUUUGACAUGGAAGAGUCACAGGUUUAUGUUGUUGGCAAAGAUGAUAAAAGUUGGAACUGGGCUUCAAAGGAAGAGAGAAAGACAACACCUUCUCCUACUGCUAAAACCGACCCAAUAAGCCACACCACUGUUGCCCCAAAAGAGACACACUUCAACUAUGGCCUUAGACCUUACUAUGUGGCGAGUGAGCUAGGGCAUAGGGAUAAACUGUUAGUUGGGGUUCUAACCACAGAGGAUCAGCUUGAUACAUUUGCUUUAGCAAUUAAUAACACUUGGGGGCCAGAUCUCCCAUCGCUAAUAUUCUUCAUACCCUAUUCACGAGAUGUUGAGUUUCAUGAAAAAUAUACCAAGAUUCUUGGUUUUCCAGUUGUCCAGUUAGACAUUGAUUCUGAGGAGGAGACAGUUCCUCAGCUAAGAACAUCAUUUAAAAUGUUCAAAUACAUGCAUGACCAUUACAUCAACAACUAUGAUUGGUUUUUCAGAGCCGAACAUGAUAUGUAUCUCAAGGCAGAUAAGCUUUUAGAGUUCCUAAGUAGUGUUAAUAGUUCUGAGGAUAAUUAUAUUGGCCAUCCUGCUGCUGUGUCAUACAGAAAUCAAGACACGGCUUAUAACAAUGAUCUGUACCGAUAUGAGCAUUACUGUCUGGGAGGUGGUGGAGUGGCACUAUCUAGGACGACUCUUCUUAAACUUGUUCCAAACCUUGACACAUGCAUAGAGGAGUCUCUAACAGAGAGUGAAGAUGUGGAACUUGGACGAUGUUUGUACAACAACAUUGGUGUUCAGUGUACCUGGAGCUAUGAGGCAUCUGACAUGUUCUACAAGAUCCCUAAAGAUCUCAGCAUUCCUGAUAUCCUCAAAGACAGACGUGUUCUCCAUGCCACAAGCAUUCAUCCCAUCAGAACCCCAUCCGUCAUGUACCACGUGCAUCGCUAUUUUACAGAACUAGAGCUUAACAAGACUUUUGUGGAAACACGCUCUCUGCAGACAUCAAUUAGAGACUUGUUACCCUUGUUACCAGAAGGUGUUCCAGAAAAGCAUCCUUCAUGGCCAUUAGGUUUCCAGUUUCCCUUCCAACCAAAAUCUCGCUUCGAAGUCAUUGAAUGGCAGUAUUUCACAGAGCAUGCUAGCUAUGGUUUCACAGAAGUCAACCCUGAGGUGAAACUAGAGGGUGAUUACAAAAAGGAUGUACAUGAAGUAGUUAGCACAGCAUACAAAAUGUUGUCAAGAGAGAGCCCACAUGAGAAGAAAUGGCUGAUUAAUGGCUAUCGUAGGGUAGAUCCUCGUCGUGGUGCAGAGUACAUACUUGAUAUUGGGCUGAAGGGAGGUGAUGGCAAUGAAGAACACCGUCGUGUUCACAUGUUGCGGCCAUUUACCAAGGUUGAGAGUAUUCAGAUGGUAACGGCUACAGAGCAGCGUGGUGUUCAUCUUGUUGUUCCCGUGGGUAAAGAUGACACUGAUCGCCUGGAGAAGUUCUUGCAGAUGUAUCAGAGAGUCUGCCUUCAAACUGGGGAGAACGUGGUACUGCUUACAGUGUUUGUGAAUGUACGUGGGUCAGGAGAAGACGGGCAUGCACCAGAAAAAUUUGCUGAAGAGAAGGCACUUAUUGCAAGAUACAAACAAAAGUUCACAUGGGCCCAGUUGCCAUGGAUACAGAUUGGUGUACAGCACAACUCCUUGACGCUGUUGGCAGACAUUGUAACAAUGAAACUUCCUAGUAAUGCCCUUAUUUUUCUCACAACUCUUGGUGUGGAGUUCACUGUUGGGUUUCUUAAUAGAUGUAGAGUGAAUGCACUCUCUGGACAACAGGUGUUUUUUCCAGUGCCCUUUGCAUACUAUGACACAGACAUUGUGUUCAAUCAAAACAGAGUUCCAGAUGUUCUCCCUUUGCACCGUGACAUGGGACACUGGGACACUGACUCAUAUAACCUUGUCUGCUUCAAUAACAAAGACUAUAAAGAAAAUCGGCUCCACAGUGAAGACUUUCUCAAGGAGAAGGAAUUUCAACCAAAAGACCUGAUGAAGGUUUUCCUUGACACUGAUCUUCACAUAUUCCGUGCAGUGGAUGUUGAUUUGCGCAUGCGCUACAAGCCCCAGGAGUGCACACACAUGACUGGCAUUGGUGCUGAAUCUUGUCUCAUGAAGAAGGCAGAAGCAAUGGCAUCUCGGUCACAGCUUGCUCUGUUGCUUUUCAAUAAAGAGCGGGAGGCUGAAACAAAAAAGCCUUGAACAGUAGCCAUUUUCUCUUGCUAUCCUAAAAAUUAUAAUGAGCUCAAUCCCCCAACAAGUUGGCAUGCAUGGCUUAGUACUUAAUAUUCUGUGCAUUUAUGCAUAUAUAAUGUCGGUCGUAUACAUAGUAUCCAGGUUAUAUCUUGGUUUGUAGGGAAAAAAAACAUGCGAACUACCGUUUCAUCUCUACAAGCCUGUUUCGUGGUUGCCCACUCAUCAGGACACACAGGCUUGUAGAGAUGAAACGGUAGUUCGCGUGUUUUUUCCUAUAAACCAAGAUAUAUCCCGCUCUACACCUAUGUAUUGAGCACUGUUAUAUGAACGCCUGCACUCACGGUAAUAUCCUGGUUGUAGCAAGGGAGGAAGCAUUCAUGUUUUCAUUUAAGUAAAAUGAUAAUUCCAGGGUUGGGUUUCUAGAAAGCAGGUUAAUGCUAACCCAGGGAUAAAUGCCCUUUUUAUCCAAUUAAAUUUCACGACAGCCAGCAGCGUAGCCACGAUUUUUAAUAGGAGGGGGCCCAAAAGGCCCUUCCAAGGCAUUUUCUCCUGUAUUUUAGAUAAUGUAUCAUAUAUUUACUGUAUUUUUGGCUGUUAGAAGGGGGGCCCGUGCCCCUUAGGCCACCCCCUGGCUACGCCCCUGAUAGCUGUAUUCAUCCCUAGGUUAGUGCUAACCAGAUUUCUAAGAGACGACCCCAAAUUAUUUCCUCCAGCAAGUGAAUUGACAACAGGCUUCACAAAAGCAAAUAAUGAACAAACAAUUUCAAAUCAAUUUCAUAAUUUUUGAUGCCCAUUCUCAUGCACUCACGAAAUAUUCAACUGUUUUAUGAUAUAUUUUUUAUAAAUGCGUGGUGGCUAUAAUAACCAUCAAUACACUCAGUCUGUUACUGCAAGUAUAUAGUAGAUGACUGUUUAGUGGAUUCCACAAAAGCAUGAGGGGCUCCGUAUCGAGUGCCCCUGUUUAUUGUUAGCAAGGAUUAGCCACUGAGGGCGGUCACUGCCAUUGGGGUUUAUUGUGUAACCCAACGGUUCUUUUUUAUAGUGUAUAAUUGAUAGAUAGGGCUUGGG